AUGGACCAGUACAGCCAACAGCACGUCUUGCUGCGCACCGGCUCCUUCACGGGCUUCCGGCCGUCACAGGAGCUCGGAAGCAGCUAUCUCGCCGCAUCCUCGUCGUUCGAGCAGCCCCUGUGCGGCAACGCCGAAGGAUGGGGUCCACUGAGCCCCUUUCGCUACGACUUUACGCCCUGCUUCAUUGACGUCUGGGUCGCCACCGUGUCCGUGUAUGCCCUCGUCUUUGGUCCACUUGCCAUCUGGUGGCUGCUCGCCAAGAAGCCUCUCCAGGAGGGCGCCUCCAAGAACGUCCACUUCUGGACCAAGCAGACUCUUCUCGCAGCACUCAUCGCCGACGUGGGCGUCCAGCUCGCCUUCCAGAUAGUUAGCUACCCGCGCAUAUGGUAUGGCGAUUUCCGGACUUGGACCUCCGUCCUCGCCAUCCUCUCCCUCCUGGUCAUCUUCUCAAUCCAGUGGAUUGAGCACUCGCGCCUCAGGCACGCCAAUGGUGUGGUGCUCUUUUACUGGCUGCUCCUCAUCAUCUCACUCGCAGUCAAGCUGCGCUCCCUCGUCUCGCAGCAAAUCUACGACACGAAUCUGCCAUACUUCAUUACCUACUGUGUCGGCUUCGGGCUAGCCGUAGCCGUGUUUGCCGUUGAAUGGCUGUGGCCGCGAAACACCGCUCCAAGUGGCUACGAGGCCAUCACUGAAGAUGACGAAUGCCCCGUAGAGUACGCCACCGUCUUUUCCAAGCUCACCUUUUCGUGGAUGACGCCGAUGAUGAGGUAUGGGUACAAGGUCUUUCUCACCGAGAGCGACCUCUGGGGGCUGGCCAAGCCGGACCAGACCAAGAACACGGGAGAGGCCUUUGACCAGGCUUGGCAGCACGAGCUCAAGUCCCGCAAAAAGGGGCCGUCUCUAUGGCUCGCCCUCUUUAGAGCGUAUGGUGGUCCUUAUAUGAUUGGUGCCGUCUUCAAAGCUGGCAACGAUAUCGCGCAGUACAUACAGCCCCAGCUCCUGCGCUUCCUCAUUGACUUUGUGGCCUCGUACGGCCCGAAUCGAGACCCGCAGCCCGUCAUCAAGGGCGCCUCUAUCGCACUGGCCAUGUUUGCCUGUGCCGUCUUUCAAACCACCAUGGUGCACCAAUAUUUCCAGCUUUCCUUUGAGACUGGAAUGCGGAUCAAGGGCGGCCUGGCUUCGAGCAUUUACAGAAAGUCGCUCAGGCUCUCUAGUGAGGGUCGGGCGUCCAAGACGACGGGUGACAUCGUCAACUACAUGGCGGUGGAUGCCCAGCGCCUCCAGGAUCUCACCCAGUUUGCGCAACAGGCCUGGUCAGCCCCUUUCCAGAUCAUCAUCUGCAUGGUCUCGCUCUACAACCUUGUGGGGUGGUCCAUGAUGGCCGGCAUCGUUGUCAUGAUCGUCAUGAUGCCUGUUCAGGGCUUUGUCGCAAGAAUCAUGAAGAAUCUGCAAAAGGAUCAGAUGAAGAACAAGGACGCAAGGAGCAGGCUGAUCAACGAGAUCAUCACCAACAUGAAGAGCAUUAAGCUGUACGCCUGGGGCUCUGCCUUCAUGAACAAACUCAACUAUGUCCGGAACGAGCAGGAACUCAAGAAUCUCCGCAAGAUUGGCGCCACGCAAGCCUUUGCCAACUUCACGUGGAACACGGCCCCGUUCUUCGUGUCCUGCUCGACCUUUGGCGUUUUCGUGCUCACUCAGAAUCGCCCCUUAACCACGGAUAUCGUCUUCCCGGCUCUCGCGCUCUUUAACCUCCUGACCUUUCCCCUUGCGGUCCUGCCCAUGGUCAUCACCUCGAUUGUCGAGGCUUCGGUUGCCGUUGGUCGGCUGACUGCUUUCCUCACUGCGGAGGAGCUCCAGCCCGACGCCAUCACGGUCAAGCCAGCGCCCGAAGAACUCGGCGAGGAAUCUGUUAUUGUCCGCGACGCCACUCUAUCCUGGAACCGCCACGAGGACAAGAACACGCUCAAGCGCAUCAACUUCACGGCUUACAAGGGAGAGCUGUCUUGCAUCGUUGGUAGGGUUGGCUCCGGCAAAUCCUCUUUCCUCCAGGGCAUUCUCGGAGACCUGUACAAGGUCAGCGGAAGCGUCGAAGUGAGGGGAACGGUCGCGUAUGCCUCUCAGCAGACCUGGGUCCUGAACGCCACCGUCAAAGAGAACAUUGUGUUUGGGUACCGCUACGAUUCCGAGUUUUACGAGAAGACCGUCAAGGCCUGCGCCCUGUUGGACGACUUUGCCCAGCUUCCCGAUGGCGACGAGACUGUCGUCGGAGAGCGCGGCAUCUCGCUCAGCGGCGGACAGAAGGCUCGUGUGGCGUUGGCUCGUGCCGUUUAUGCCCGCGCGGACAUCUAUCUCCUCGACGACGUCUUGUCUGCGGUCGACUCUCACGUCGGCAGGCACAUCAUCGACAAUGUUCUUGGUCCCCGGGGCUUGCUCUCCUCCAAGACGCGGAUUCUGGCAACCAACGCCAUUACAGUUCUGCGCCAAGCCAGCUUCGUCACUCUUCUCAAAGAGGGUGAAAUCAUGGAGAAGGGCACAUACAGCCAGCUUGCCUCGAGCAAGGGCAUGGUGGCCGAGCUGCUCAAGACGGCAGGUCAGGAAUCGAGCGGCAGCGGAUCCAGCGGCCCCAGCUCGCCGCCUAGCGAAACCUCGACUGUCAUUGAAGCCGAGGUUGGCCAGAACAAGGAGGAGAUGGAGGAGGCCCUCGACAUGGCAACUCUGCGGCGUGCAAGCACGGCCAGCUUCAGAGGUCCCCGGGGCAAGCUCACAGACGAAGAAGUCGCCGGAGGAUCGCGGACCCGGCAAGCCAAGGAAUUUGUCGAGCAGGGCAAGGUCAAGUGGUCGGUGUACGGCGAAUAUGCCCGAGAGAACAGCUUAGUGGCCGUGGCCAUCUACAUCCUGGCGUUGCUCGCUUCGCAAACUGCAAACAUUGGGGGCUCCGUGUGGCUGAAAGAAUGGUCGGAGAGGAACCAGUUGACGGGCUCAAACGACAGCAUCGGAAAGUACAUUGGCAUCUACUUUGCGUUUGGCAUUGGCUCCUCGGCCCUGACCGUCGUCCAAACACUGAUCCUGUGGAUCUUUUGCUCCAUCGAGGCAUCGCGGAAGCUUCAUGAGCGGAUGGCCAACGCCAUCUUCAGGUCACCCAUGUCGUUCUUCGAUACUACGCCUACGGGGAGGAUCCUGAAUCGAUUUUCAAGUGACAUUUACCGCGUCGACGAGGUCUUGGCUCGCACCUUUAACAUGCUUUUCGUCAAUGUGGCCAAGUCUGGCUUCACUCUGGUCGUCAUCUCCGUGUCCACGCCGGCGUUUGUCGCCCUGAUCAUCCCGCUCAGCCUCACCUACUACUUCAUCCAGCGGUACUACCUCCGGACAUCGCGUGAGCUCAAGAGGCUGGACAGCGUCAGCCGCAGUCCCAUCUACGCACACUUCCAGGAAUCCCUCGGCGGCGUCACUACCAUCCGGGCCUACCGGCAACAACAGAGAUUUGAGCUCGAGAACGAGUGGCGGGUCGACGCCAAUCUCCGCGCGUACUAUCCUUCCAUCAGCGCGAACCGCUGGCUGGCUGUCCGUCUCGAGUUUAUCGGAGCCGUUGUCAUUCUGGCAGCGGCCGGCUUUGCCAUCAUCUCGGUGGCGAACCACAGCGGCUUGAGCCCUGGCCUCGUCGGUCUCGCCAUGUCAUACGCGCUCCAGAUUACGACGUCGCUCAACUGGAUCGUGCGUCAGACUGUCGAAGUCGAAACGAACAUUGUGUCCGUGGAACGAGUGCUCGAAUACGCCAGACUGCCCAGCGAGGCGCCCGAGAUCAUCCCGGGCAAGCGACCGCCGGUGGCCUGGCCGGCAAAGGGAGAGGUGGCCUUCAAAAACUACAGCACGCGGUACCGCGAGGGGCUGGAUCUCGUGCUGAAGAACAUCAACCUCGACAUCAAAUCUCAUGAGAAGAUUGGAGUUGUCGGUCGAACCGGGGCUGGCAAGUCGUCGCUCACCCUUGCCUUGUUCCGGCUGAUUGAGCCGGUGACGGGCCACAUCGACAUUGACAACCUCAACGCGUCGUCGAUUGGGCUGCUGGAUCUCCGACGUCGACUCGCCAUCAUCCCUCAAGAUGCGGCUCUCUUUGAGGGAACAGUACGAGACAACCUCGACCCUGGCCAUGUGCAUGACGAUACCGAGCUCUGGAGCGUUCUUGACCAUGCCCGCCUGAAGUCUCACGUCGCCAGCAUGGAGGGCGGACUAGAGGCGAAGAUCAACGAAGGGGGCUCAAACCUCUCCCAGGGCCAACGCCAGCUGGUGUCGCUUGCGCGCGCCAUGCUGACCCCGACCAAUAUCCUGGUGCUGGACGAGGCGACGGCGGCCGUCGACGUGGAGACGGACGCCAUGCUGCAGGCAACGCUCCGGUCUCCGCUCUUUGCCAACCGCACCAUCAUCACGGUCGCGCACCGGCUCAACACCAUCCUCGAUAGCGACCGCGUAGUCGUGCUAGACAAGGGCGAGGUGGUGGAGUUUGACACGCCUGCCGAGCUGAACAAGAAGCAGGGCGUUUUUUACGGGCUGAUGAAGCAAGCGGGUCUGGAGCUCGAGUAA